AUGAGAAAAACAGAGAGAAAAGGAAAGAUCUCAGUGUCCGGCGACAAAGUAUGCGAUCCUGUCGAAGAGCUUCCGAGUCUGCUCUGCGGUUGCGGCGUCGUUAUCCACCGCAACCUUGUUCAGAACUCCAUCUCCGUGUCCCACAACAGAUCCUGCCGCGCCACGCAGUACAGAUACGGCGGCAGAUUUUCCCCCUCCAACGGCGGCGCCUCUUUCCCCAUCGGGCACGUGAUGGGGUGGUCCUUGGUGGCUCCCACCGGAAGUGCCAGAUCCAAGAACUUGUCCACCAUGUCCAGCGUCAGGAACGGCGUCUCCGGCUGCUCCACCUCUGACCUGCUCCGCCGCGACCGGCAGAACCCCGGGUGGAUCGGGAUAGCGCCGGCGAUCCUCAGAGGGCCCAGAUCCUCGCGCCCCGCGCGCGCCGCCACCUGGUGGACGAUGUUCCCGCCGGAGCUGUCUCCGACGAGGAAGACGCGGCGGAGGUCGGCGGCGCGUAGCGGAGGCGGGCGGGGAGAGUCCCCGGCAGCGACGGAUCGAAGCCAGAGGAGGGCGGCGAGGCCGUCGUCGCAGGCGGCAGGGAGGCGGUGCUCCGGCGCGCGGCGGAGGUAGACGGAGACCACGGCGGCGGCGGCUGUUCGGGCGAGGCGGGUGUAGGCGGCGUAGUACAUAUACCAGUCGGCCUCGCUGAUGCAGAAGCCGCCGCCGUGGAA